UAUCGAUCAAACUGGGACGUUUACGUCAGUAUCGAUAACUUUGCCAAAGCCAAAUCAAGUGCAAUCGUCCACGAGCCACAGCCGCGGAUUCACUUUGCUCUUUUUACUUUGACCAGAAAAAAAAGAAAAGAAAACAUCGUCUAUUUCUUAUUCCUCCUCCUCCUCAUCCUCCUCCUCCUCCUUCUUAUUCUUCUUCUUACUUCUACAAACAUGUUGUCGGACUUGUCAAACAUUUCCGUGGACUUUCGUGCAGCGUGAACUCGCUGCUGUUUUCUUUUUUUUUUUUUUUUAAAGUGGGUCCGCUGGUGGUGAAACGUUGGGGGGAAAAAUCCAGCCCACGUAUUUAUUGCAGCCGCUGAAAAAAAUCUCCUCAAUAUCCCCCAAGAUGGCCGCCGAUGUAGGAUCGAUGUUUGAAUAUUGGAAGAAAUUUGAUCUACGGCGGCUCCAGAGGGAGCUAAACUCUGUAGCAUCUGAGCUGGCGGGUCGACAAGAGGAGAGUGAACAUUCCCACAAGCACCUGGUAGAGCUGAGCAGGGAGUUCAAGAGAAAUGUCCCUGAGGAAGUCCGGGAAAUGGUGGCACCUGUUCUCAAGAGUUUCCAAGCUCAGGUGGUUGCUCUGAACAAGCGCAGUAAGGAGGCAGAGUCUGCAUUCCUUGGAAUCUACAAACAGCUUAUCCAGGCCCCAGAUCCAGCUCCCGUGCUGGAGGCCUCACACGCCCUGGAGGAAAGGCUACAGCAGCUUCAGAGUUCGGCCCCAGACGGCGAGGCCCUGGUACGAGAGAUCAGCGGGCACUGGAAGAAACACUUGGAGUGCCUUGAAAAGACAGGGCUCACAGAGGACAGUCCUGGUGAAGCCGCCCACUCCAGCUCUCCAUCCUCUCUGAUGACUCCCAACAGCACACCCGCUCCUGGGGCCCCAGGUUCCCCACAGCCCAACUAUCAGGACCAAGCUGAGGACCGAGGGGAGGAAGAGGAGGAGAGCGCUGACGUUAGUUUGGCUGACAGACUAUCAGAGGCCGAGGAGAAGAUCAAGGGCCUGCAUUCAUCUUUGAACACUGCACAGACAGAGCUGCUGGACCUGCGGUGUAAAUAUGACCAAGAGAUGACGAAGAAGGCAGUGGAGGUCGACGCCAUCAUGGCAAAUCUUGAGAAAGCAAACCAGAGAGCGGAAAUGGCUCAGAGGGAAGUGGAGAGGCUAAAGGAGCAGUUAGCCAGCAGCCAUAGUGCCAGCACGGGGACCUGCCAUCCAACAGAGGGCACACGCAGGGAGAAGAAUGCAAAGGGCGAGGUGUUACCAUCACAGUUGGAGGCCGCCUUGCUGGCUAAAGACCGCGAAAUCCUCCGGCUCCUUGAGAACAUUCAGCGGCUGCAGUUCACACUGCAGGAAGUUCAGGAGACGUCGGCCAAUCAGAUCCUGGAGCUGGAGCGCCAGUUGGCAUACAAGACAGAAGCUAUUGAGAGAUUAGAAGCUAAACUGCAAUCCCAGAUUGAUUAUGAAGAGAUUAAAACUGAACUCAGUAUCCUAAGGGUAAUGAAGCUGGCCUCAGCUAAUGGCAGCUCGUCUCAGGAGUCUGCCAAGGCUGCAGAGGCUCUUUUACUGGAUAAAGAGGCGUUUCUUCCAUCUCACAAGUACCUGAUGGAGAAGGCUCGAAUUUUGCACAGCAAUGAUGAUGACCAGUCUGAUGAUGCAGUCAAGGAGACAGGCAGACCACCAGGCUCCCACUCGUCCUCCUCUCAGGUGGAUGGCCGUGGCUCCGCCAGUCCAGGCCUCCCCACCCUGGAUGGUUCCUCCUCCAGCCAUGACCUCCUGCGUCCAUUCUCCGUGUCGCCGUGCUCCUUGGACCGACACUCGGGGGACCACGUCCUCCACAAGCAGCUCCUUUCCCCACACUUUAAAAAGGAGGGCCUCAUGGCUUUUCCCACGGCCCUCUACGCCGCCAAAGCUGCCCUCAUGUCAGCGACCCACGCGUCUGCGGCAGCAGGCAGCGGCGACGCGGGUUUGCCCAGCGACCAGUCAGAAAGCGGUAGCUCAACGGCAGGAGACGAUGACCAGCUGGACACGGCCGAGAUUGCCUUCCAGGUGAAGGAGCAGCUGCUCAAGCAUAACAUUGGCCAGCGUGUGUUUGGCCACUAUGUGCUGGGCCUCUCUCAGGGCUCGGUCAGUGAGAUCCUAGCGAGACCCAAACCCUGGAGGAAGCUGACGGUGAAAGGCAAAGAACCUUUUAUUAAGAUGAAGCAGUUCCUCUCUGAUGAACAGAACAUCUUGGCACUUAGGACCAUCCAGGUCCGCCAGAGAGGGAGCAUCACUCCGCGCAUCCGAACUCCUGAAACUGGGUCAGACGAAGCCAUAAGGAAUAUCCUGGAGCAGGCCAAGAAGGAGAUCCAGUCCCAGAGGGGAGGUGAUUGCAAGUCAUCUCUGAACAGCUCAUCAGGCAGAAGCAGUAAUGGAGCAGGCAGCAGCUCAGAUGAAACCAUAAAGAGCAUUCUAGAACAGGCCAGGAGGGAGAUGGAGGCCCAGCAGCAGGCCCUGAUGGAGAUGGAGGCCUGUGGGAGAGCUUCCACUGCCAGUUCAGGAGCACAAAUGGAACAUCUAGGACCCCCGGAGCGCUCCAGGAGCCUGUCUUUACCAGUCUCCAUCAAACAGGAGGAAGGGGGCUGUGUUUCCGUGUGUAUGGCUAACACCAUCAGCAGCCCGCAAACACCUCUCAGUGUGCUCUCCCCGGCCGCUUUUGUCCAGAACAUCAUUCGUAAAGUCAAGUCGGAGAUCGGAGAAGCGGGCACCUACUUUGAUCAGCACUGGUCACAGGAGCGGAGCUCGCUGGGCCUCAGUAUCGGAGGCAGCUCCCGACCCUUCAAUUCAGUCUCUCCCUCCUUGUCUUCCUCCUCCUCUGGGCCCUCUGCGUUGCCCCGGCCAUGGCCCCGUCUGGAGAACGGAGAGUGUCUCCCCAACAGUGAGGAGGCCUCUGCCGCCGAGGACGAGCUGGUGCUCAGCAGGCCGGUGGAGGUAAAGGUGGAGUCGGACACAUCAGUCAGCGGCGAGUCUCCAGGACCCGGCACAGGACGCCUGUCCUACUACCCGGCGUACAUCCCUCGUGCCCUCAAGCCCACCGUCCCGCCACUGACUCCAGAGCAGUAUGAGAUGUACAUGUAUCGAGAGGUGGACACCAUUGAGCUGACCCGGCAGGUGAAGGAGAAGCUGGCAAAGAACGGCAUCUGUCAGAGGAUCUUUGGUGAAAAGGUGCUGGGUCUUUCUCAGGGCAGCGUGAGUGACAUGCUGUCACGGCCUAAACCCUGGAGCAAGCUGACCCAGAAAGGCAGGGAGCCCUUCAUCCGUAUGCAGCUGUGGUUACUGGACCAGCUCGGCCAGAGCCUUAACCAACCCCCACACCAGGGCCAUGCUCAGGAUAAAAGCCCAGUGACGGCCCACUCCUCACCCUCCCCACCCUCUAGUCCAGCAGAGAGCCACCCGAGUCCACUGGUCGAGCCUGUCUGUCUCUCUCUGGAGAGCAGCAAAGAGAACCAGCAGCCUGAGAGCCUCGGGCUGGGCCUCCCCCCACACACAGACGGAGGCAAAUCUACUCCCAGCCUCAUAGCUUUGCAUCAGCCCACAAACCCUCUUGGCAUCCAGGAGCUGGUGGCCAUGUCUCCUGAGCUGGACACCUUUGCCAUCACAAAAAAGGUCAAGGAGGUGCUAACGGACAACAACCUAGGCCAGCGCCUGUUCGGGGAAACCGUCCUGGGUCUGACGCAAGGUUCGGUGUCGGACCUGCUCUCCCGGCCCAAACCCUGGCACAAACUCAGCCUGAAAGGCAGGGAACCGUUUGUCCGCAUGCAGCUGUGGCUCAAUGACCCUCACAAUGUUGACAAGCUGAGGGCCAUGAAGAAGAUGGAGAAGAAAGCAGAUAUCACUGUCUUCCCUCCAGCCUAUCUGAAAAGGCGCUACGGGCUGCUGAGCACCGGCUCAGACAGCGACUCCCCCAGCACUCGCUCCGAGUGUGUGAGUCCGUCCCUGGUCUCGUUGGACCUGUGCCCAUUCAGCCAGGUGAAGAAGCCCCGGGUGGUGCUGGGAGCAGAGGAGAAGGAAGCGCUGAGGCGGGCCUACCUGCUGGAGCCGUACCCGUCUCAGAACACCAUCGAGAUGCUGGCCUCUCGACUCAACCUCAAAACCAACACCGUCAUCAACUGGUUCCACAACUACAGGUCCAGGAUGCGACGGGAGGUGCUGAUGGAGGGUCUGCCAGACAAUGACACCGACCCUGAGCACCACAGUUACUCCCCCUCAGCGACGCGGAGCCCCCACUCUGACGGAGAGGAGAGGAGGCUGCAGAAGACCUCAGGACACAUCCACUCCAGCCUUCCUCUCAGAGCCAACACUGCUCUGCCUCAUGUCAAACAGGAGGCGAUGGACAGGGAAGAAGAGGAGGGGCACGGAAAGGAGGGCUCCGUGAAAGAGUCGAGGGUUCAGUGUUUUUCUAUGGCAGUUCAGUUCCCGCAGCUUAAAAGCGAGCAAGAGGACUCCAUCGCCGCCUGUCGUGAGCCCCACUUGGCCGGCCAGGGCCUGAGGCACGAAGAUGGUAUGAGCAGCCAAGCUCAAGGGUUCUACUCUGGCUCGGCCUCCAUGGACGGACCACAAAGAGCCAGUCAGUCCAGGCACGAGGGGGAAGACGCUGGAAAAUCCCCCGUGGACCCAGUCAGCUUCAAGGCCUCGUCAGAGCCAUGCCGCAGUAGCCUGGAAGUGUCCCUGAACUCCCCCUCUGCUGCAUCCUCACCCGGCCUCAUGAUGUCAGUCUCCCCUGUCCCUUCCUCCUCUGCCCCCAUAUCGCCCUCACUGCCCAACCCGCCCUCAACGAGCACCAACCACAGCCUGGACCCCAACCAGAGCCCUCCCUUCCAAAGCCCCAAACUCAAUAGAAGCAGCCAGAGACGCAAUGAGAAAAUGGCCAACCUCAAUAACAUCAUCCACAGGCUAGAGAGGGCAGCCAAUAGAGAAGAAACACUGGAAUGGGAGUUUUAAGCCCCGCCUUUCCUUGUAUUUAGUCCUGAUGACCCUCGCGGCACACUGGAGAGUCUAGAAUCUUCCUGAAGACUCUGAACGGAGCGUGGCUCCUGAAGGUCUGUCCUCAUGACUCACCACUCGAUAGGAAACAGGAACAAGUAGCUAAACAUGCGGCUAAACUCCCUGCAAGAACUAAAAAGUCGGGAGGGGGGGGAAAAAAAGAAGAAUUUAUAAAUGUGUAUUUGUUUUUGAUAAUGCAUACUCCUUUGAAAUAUAUGUGACAGCAUUAGCUGUUGUUUUACCUUUUGGACUCGACAUGAAGACUUUUGCAGCUAUGGUGUCAUCAAAUGUACACUGAAGUUCUGUAGAUUGCCACUGGGUGAGAUUAAAAAAAGACCCCUGUCUUAAGCCAUUAAAAGCACUAUAACUAUUUGAAAAGAGACAUUGACCAAAUUUGCUACUUUUUGAAUAGCAAUUUUUCAGAUUUUGUCUGUAAGACUGGACAGUUUAAGUCAAGUAACAUGAAAUCCUAUUACUGACUGAGGGAUAGUCCUUUAAGACUCUAAAUAUUCAACAUCCUGUAUGUAUUGGUUUCUCGGUGAUAUGUUUUGAAAUAUUUGUAACUCACACGUAUAAAAUGUGGUUGUACAUGUUGUAGAAUUGUCUGCAAUAGCCUUCUCUAAACCUGAUGUAGCAUGGUACUCACCUGACCCUGUUAUCCUCUGUAGUUAGUCACCUGUGAUUAUACUUGAGCGAAAACAAGAAGAAAAAAAAAGUUGAAAACCCUUGCGAAAAAUAAGAAAAAAGUAAACGUUCAAAUCUGAUACGUAGAGUACUUUUAGUGUUUUACUUUCCUUUUUCUUGUUUUGAAUAAUCCUGGAGGUUUACAGUUUAAGGCCCUUGUGCUUCUGGCGGCACCGUUUACACGCUUUCUUUCAGACUUUACCUCUCUGACCCUCUUAAGGCACUGGUUCUCAGACUGUAACACCUGUUUUACCUCAGAUUAUGUUGACACACAUCAAGCUGUGACCAUGUGUUUCAUUCGUACACACAGACACGACCCACGCAUAUUUGAAUCAGUGGAGGAGAACGUACUCUCCUGUGAUCACGAGAUAGAAAGCUACACCAGUCUUGUUUUUUUUUGUUUUUUUACAAAGAAUAUGCUGCUGUUUGAAGAGAUGGAGCGCUCAUGAUUCCUGCGUGUUAUGCUCCUCCUCAACCUGACUGAGUGCACUUUCUUAAAGUGCAUCUUUUACUGUAGCUACAAUAACAUGUACUUGACCAAACAAUUCAACCUCUAAGUACAGUUAAAACUGUAGUGCGUAACUUUUAAAUACAAACGAAGGUCCGCUAUGUCAGAUCACGUCACACAUCAGCUCUAAGGGGUCUGGGUCUGGUCUGGUACAGCUCUGGCACACUUCAGGAACCUGCACCAGGAUUUUAACCAGCGAGCUUAACACUGUAAAGUCAGUCGUUCACUUGUGGAAACCAAAGACUACCUGGUUUUUCCCUCGUGAACCAUCAUGUUAUCACUUAUCAGAACAUGAGUGGGUCUUCGGGAGACUCUCACUCAUCUUUACUUCCUGCGUUGAUGACGUUUGGUGGAGCUUUGGUUCACUAUCUCUGUUUCUCAGUAUAACGGUGUUUAAAAGGAACAUCGGCAUGUUACGGUUAGGUCAGCGUAUGACGGAAAAUUCAAAGACCAUGGAAAUGUGUUUCAGAGUUGAAUUGCACUGCUCAGAUAACAUGGUCGCAGUUUGCCAGUAUUAUGGCUUCUUGUCCCCGCCCGUCCCCGCUCUGCUGGAGUAUACACACAAACGCUCCCUCAGUCAGGUCUGAUAGUUUUGCUCGACAGAAUCUUAACGUCAACGACAACAGAAGUUACGCACUGCAGCUUUAAGAUGGGCAGUCUGAGAGUGAUACUCCAGUGCUGAGAUGUGACCUCACCUGGGGCUCAAAGCUCAGCAUGUGAGAGCAUGAUACACACAGUGUGACCUCUCAUCCACAUGAAAACAUUCAGUCUGUAAGUACACUGAAGGUUACAGGUAUCCCCUCAUAUUUAUCUUUAACCACUUGUGUAUUGUGUCCGUAGAAGUUUCUUUGUCAUGCUUGCAAAAAUGUUCUUUCUGUAUUUUGCCUCUAUUUUAUACUCAGAACAGUUAACUAGAUAUUCAAUACCUCGUGUAUGAACUACUUACAGCACUUAGAUUUUGAUAAUUGUGAGGAGAAAUUUCAAAUAUCAACAUUAUCCUAACUUAGUGUCCACACGUUUUUUGCCUUUACUGUAAUCGUUGAAGUUGGUAGUAAACACUUGCACAUGUCUACAUAGUUCAAAGGACUUGGAUUGUAUUAUGUAGAGAUAUAUAUUACACAUUUACAAAAAAAAACAUGAAUAAUAUCUUACAUUCUUGGAACAAAAUGUGCUGAUUUUAUUGAAAUAGAGUGUACAGAUUUAAUAAAUCAAACCCAUUUAAGCCAGUUCUGGUCUGGCAAGCUUGCCCACGUUUUAGACCUUCUCUCAGGGUAGUCUUGCUUUUUAAAGCUUUACUGAAACAGUUGCUGUCAUCAGUGAUUCCGACUAUGAUAUAAAAACAUGUGGUGUAGAGAAAGGCUUUCAUUAUAUAUUAGACGGGCCUGUGGGAGCUGUAAGUACAGUAUAUGAGAAUUGGAACUUUGGGGAAAAAAAAGCAGUGGUGUGUUGCUGUUUUGUAAUUCAUGACACACGAUGUGUCCAAGUGCAGCGCAGACUGAAGCUACCAGGACGAGGCUGAUGGGUUGCAUUUUUCCACAUCAGUGACUUUGCCACCAACGGUUUUUUUUUCCUCUGAUUUUUCGUACCACCUUUUUUGUGCAUAAUAUACUAUAUGAUUAGAAGUUUAUGAGGCAUUUCUUUCACUGAAAUGUCGUUGUCUUUCAUGGUAACAUAUGUUGAAAAAAAAAGAAAAGAAAAAAGAUUGAAAAUGUAUUUACCCAAACCAUUAUCUCUACAUGUGAAAGCUCACCUCAUUGUUUUUGCAUGCAAAUCCAUUCUGGUCACAGGACAAGGGAAGGGAUAGACUGUGGUUUUGUGUUGUUGUUCUUGCACAGGGAUUGAAUCAGCACUUAGUCUUUUUUCGUCUUUUUUUUUUUUUUUAUUACAUUAGUGAAGUCCAUGCAUGAUGCAGCUGAUUAAUGUGGCUCUCACAAAGCCAUGAUGAAUCCAUUCAGAACCCCCAAAUGACCCGGUGAACUUUACUUGCAGCAGAUUUCAAUUCAAAAUUAAUUUUGUGCCAUAUCAUUAUGCCUCAUGCAGAAAUGCCUUGUGGUAACAUGUGAUUUAGGAGUGGUGUAGUGUGUAGGGCUUCAUCUCACCCACUUUGGAGAAAAAGCAAAGCUUUUUUUUUUGUAACAAUAGCCCUACACGUUAGAUGGCUUUUAUUUUAUAACUGACAUUUGUCACUAAAUAGAAAGGUACAUGGUCAACACAAUUGUAAUGACUGCAUUCAGAAUUGAGAGUUUGUCACACUAAGAAAAUGUUUUCUUGGGAUGUGAGUGGUGAGUGAAUAAACAGAAGUGUCCUGCAGGUUUGGUAACUGUUCAACAUGCCUCACGUGUCACACUAUGAAAUGUUAAAGAAUGGACUAAAUUAUGCCAAGCGUCUUGGAAUUGAAUUUGCGUAUGUAAGCCAUCAUUCAAUACAUAAUUGUUUAAGAUC